UUGCUUUCGUCAAAAUUUUCCCUCAAACUUGAUACUCCUCUCGAUCUCUCGAUCGAUAUCUCGAAUGCUGUAAUUCGAGAGAUGGCCGUUGAGAUCAUGAGUUACAGAAGCAACGGUUCGAAUGCGGCACAAGAGGCAGCGAACUGCGGGCUUCAGACCGUCGAGAAACUCAUCGCGAUUUUCUCUCACCAAACCCAACACCAAAGUCCCUAUCCCCACGGCGGAAUCGAUGAUCACGCGUUGAUCACGGAUUCGGCCGUGACCGAGUUCAAGAAGAUCGUCUCGUCCCUCGACCGAACCCGAACGGGUCACGCCCGUUUCAGAAAGGGCCCCCUGCCAAAAACACGCGAAACAGAACUGAGUGGGAGGAUUGAACUGGAUUCGAUUUCGACGGUCUCCUGUCCGACGCCGCUCCAUUCCUUACCUCCGGUGCCUCAGAACCAAUAUUCGGUCCUGAAACAGGGGGCGGUCGAGUGGAAAGAAUCGACGGCGACGAUCGAUUUCUCGGAGACGAAUUCCUUCAUUUCGUCGGUGACGAUGUCGCCGGGGUUUCAGAUUACCAAUCCGUCGACGGUGACGUCGGCGAGUCGGCAACCGGUGUCUUCGCAGGCGUUGAAAAGGAAGUGCGCCUCGACGGACGAACCGCUCAAUUUGAAGUCAACGUCGUCAAAGUGUGGUGGGUCCAGUGAAAAUUGCCAUUGCCCCAAGAAAAGGAAAUCAAAGGUGAAGAGGGUGGUGAGGGUCCCGGCUGUAAGCAUGAAAUUGGCUGAUAUACCACAGGAUGAUUUCUCUUGGAGAAAGUAUGGUCAAAAGGCCAUCAAAGGCUCCCCGCAUCCAAGGGGAUACUACAGGUGCAGCAGCGUGAAGGGAUGCCCGGCGCACAAGCACGUUGAGAGAGCAUUGGACGAUCCAACGAUGCUGAUAAUCACGUACGAGAACGAACACAACCACUCCUGCACCGGCACCGGUGGCUCAAUAUCCACCGCGGCUCACGUUUCUAUUCAUUCUGAUCAUCAUCCGACGGUCCAACCAAGUUUCUAGAACUUGGAAAGGAACACAACCUAAUCAGUAAUCGCAGCAGCCCCAAUAGCUAGAUGUGACUGAAGACCACGCUGCCAAAUAGUCAACGCCGCGGCUUUGCCAACCGUCUCUUUCCCGUUGACUUUCUUUUGUGGCGUAAGGUAGGACUAGCUAGUCGCGAUAUAUCAUUUGAUGUUUCGAUCCGUUUUUCUCUGUAAACCUCCUCCUGUAAAUUGCUCAUAAAGUUUGUCGGACAUUGUAAGAUACUUGAUCGGAUCAUGCUUGUCGUAAUAAAAAUGAAUGGUUAGAUUUGAUUGCAGGGAA